ACGUUGGCCUGUGGGGAGCAUGGCGGCGUCUUCGAGUGCAGAGAAGGAGAAGGAGCGGCCGGGCGGUGGCUUCGGAGCGGCCGGCGGUAACAGCACGCGAGAGCGGCUGCUGUCUGCGCUCCAAGACCUGGAGGUCCUGUCGAGAGAACUUAUAGAAAUGCUGGCAAUUUCAAGAAACCAAAAGUUGUUACAGUCUGGAGAGGAAAACCAGGUCCUGGAGUUGUUAAUUCAUAGAGAUGGGGAAUUUCAAGAACUAAUGAAAUUGGCACUUAAUCAGGGAAAAGUCCAUCAUGAAAUGCAAGUUUUAGAAAAAGAAGUAGAAAAGAGAGACAGUGAUAUUCAGCAACUACAAAAACAGCUAAAGGAAGCAGAACAGAUACUGGCAACAGCUGUUUACCAAGCAAAAGAAAAACUCAAGUCAAUAGAAAAAGCAAGAAAAGGCGCUAUCUCCUCAGAAGAAAUAAUUAAGUAUGCACAUAGGAUUAGUGCAAGUAAUGCUGUGUGUGCCCCACUGACCUGGGUCCCAGGUGACCCACGGAGACCAUACCCAACUGAUUUGGAGAUGAGAAGUGGAUUAUUGGGUCAAAUGAACAAUCCUUCCACUAAUGGAGUGAACGGUCAUCUACCAGGGGACGCACUUGCAGCAGGCAGAUUACCAGAUGUCCUUGCUCCACAGUAUCCGUGGCAGUCAAAUGAUAUGGCACUGAAUAUGUUACCACCAAAUCACAGUAAUGACUUUUUGUUGGAACCUCCAGGACAUAACAAAGAAAAUGAAGAUGAUGUAGAGGUUAUGUCAACAGAUUCCUCAAGCAGUAGUAGUGACUCUGAUUAAAAAAAACGUAUGACA